AUGGGGCGCGUGACGCGGACGCUGCGCCUGCUUCUUGCAGCGGCGGGAUUGGCGCACCUGGCUUUCAGUCCGCCGGGCCGUGUCCGACCAGCUGGAGGCCGUCGGGGAAAACGGCUAAAGCAAGAGCCGCAGAGCUGGUCGGAGGUGUUGACGCAGAUGGCACCGGAGGAGAGCGAGCGGGGCCGCUCGCUGCCGGUGGCGGUGGCGGUGCGCAGCUGGCUGCGGCGCAUCGUCAUCGGCGAUGGCCUUUGCCCCUGGGCAGAGGACGCCGUGGACUCGGGCGCGCUGGCGGUAGUGUGCCUGGUAGAGAGCGACGAGCAGGCCGUGGCGGCUCGGCUGCUGCAGCACGGAGACCUCCUGGCGCGCGCGAAGCCGCCGGGCGGGCGCCAGGCCACGACGCUGUGUUUGGCGCCCAGGUGCCACGAGCUGCGGCGGACGCGGCACUUCCACAAGGUGUGUGACUUUCUGGACCUGCACUUGGAUGAGACCAAGGUGCAGCUGGCGCCCUUCCACCCCAAGUGGCGGUUCCUGGAUCGCCGCCUCCCGGGCGAAGGCGAGCGACCGCCGGAGGGCUCCGAUGCCGCGGACUUCGUGAACCGCGCCCCCGUGCCGGCCUUCCAUUUCCUACGUGUGUCAGACGUGGAGGGGGCCGCUGCCAGCCACUCCCCCGGCGACUGGGAGGCUGCCUCGGCCAGCGUGGCGCUGCGCAACGCCCAGCUGCUGCGAAAGCGCGGGGCCCAAAGCUGCGCGGAGGAAGUGAGCAAGAGGGAGUCUUCAGGAAGUGAGCAAAAGGGAGCCAAGAGCACUGGAUAA